GCAGAGGUAGAUCAGCCAUUCUUCUGCAGUAAAUUCAUCCAUAACCAAAAAGAGAGCUUCAUUAAAGGUCUCAAGACAAUGACAGCGAUGACCACUAACAGUUUCAAUCAAAGCAAUGCAACUCCUGUUCCUGCUGAAAAUGGGACUGAAAAAAGUGAUGACUCUGACUGGAAUAAGUUUCAUGAGUUGUUUGAGUCCUUUAACAUCAUGUCUAUUGUUGUUUUCUCCCUGGUCUCCGUCAUUGGUGUGCUCGGGAAUGGAGUGGUUAUCUGGGUGACCGGGUUCAAGAUGAAAACUACUGUAAACACAGUUUGGUACCUCAACCUUGCUGUGGCUGACUUCAUCUUUGCAGCAUUUCUGCCCCUGACUGUGACAUCCCUGGUUUUAGAGUCCCACUGGCCUUUUGGGAAAUUCAUGUGCAAGUUGAGCACCACUGUAACCUUUCUGAACAUGUUUGCCAGUGUCUACAUUCUGGUGGUGAUCAGUGUGGACAGAUGUGUGUCUGUGAUGUGGCCCGUCUGGGCUCAGAACCACCGAAAUGUACACAAGGCGUCCUGUGUCAGUCUGGCUGGGUGGGCGGUGGCUUUGAUUGUCAAGGCUCCAUAUUUUUUCUUCAUGGACACUGAACAAGAGUCUGCAGACAAAAUCAUCUGCUAUGACACACUUUUUGAUUUUAUAACACGAUCUCACAACAUGUUUCGCCUUCAAGCCAUUGUCAUCUUCCACUUCUUCCUGGGAUUUGGAGUCCCUUUCACUGCCAUUGUCUCCUGUUAUGCUGUCAUAAUCCAUCGUCUCAGGAAAAGCAGUGCCCUGGCCAGUCAAUCAAGUCGCUCCUUUAAAAUUAUCACUGCCAUUAUCGGCACUUUUUUCUUAUGCUGGGCUCCCUUUCAUAUUAUGUGUCUAAUAGAGCUGGAGAUAUUCACAGCUGAGACGCCAAGUGAAAUAUUACUCUACAUCUUUGCUGUUGGGAUGCCUCUUGCCACCAAUUUGGCUGUUCUAAACAGCUGCAUCAAUCCACUGCUGUAUGUGUUCAUCAGACAAGAUUUUAAGGAUCAAGUCCGAAAAUCCAUCCUGAAUGUGCUGGAGACUGCCUUCCAGGAAGAGGAGACACGCACUCUCACUGCACACCAGACAGAGCAAAUAGAGCUUUGAAUACUGAGGUAUAAGUUUGUUCAUGAUAUAAAGAAACAAAUACAAAUACUGAACCCAUAAAUAACAACAUAACAAUAAUAAUAAUAAUAAUAAUAUAAUAAUAUUGGUCUGUGGCCUUUUACUAGCAGUAGAAAUUACUCCAGAGUCAAUCUUUGUAUACCUUUAUUAUUUGAAUUAUAUGAAAAGGCUCUUUUGAUAAAUACGGACAUUUAACUGCUCUUACAGUAUUAAUUAAUUAAUAGAUCUUUGC